GGACACGCGUGUUACUAGGACGCUUGGCCCGGGCUCCUGUUUUUAGAGACUACUGAAUGGGCAGACCCGGCUGCUGACAGCGAGAAAGAAGUUCCAGGGAGACGCCCCUCGCUAGCCUGCCCCCAAAGCGCUGUCCACCAUGUGGACUUUUCUAGGGAUUGCCACUUUCACCUAUUUUUAUAAGAAAUGUGGAGACUUUGUAACUUAUGCCAACAAGGAGCUGUUCUUAUGUGUGCUAGUGUUUUUUUCUUUGGGUAUGGUGCUGUCUUACCGAUACCAUUUUCGGAAUGGAGGACUCCAUAGGCAACAGCAAAAAACGUCUCAGUUUGGGAUUUUGUCUGACAUUCUUUCGUCUUUGCCAUUUGUUGGCUUUUUCUGGACAAAAUCGCCAUCCGUUUCAGCAGAGAAGGAGCAGCUAAAAGCCAGGAAGGGCAAAAAAGAAGUGGAUGCUCCAGAGUCAACUCUUCUGGGAACAAUUGCACCUACCUUAGUGACUUCUGAAUGUGACCCAGAAGUUAUUAUUGUGGGAUCAGGUGUACUUGGAUCUACUUUGGCUGCAGUACUUGCCAGAGAUGGAAGAAAAGUGACCGUAAUUGAGAGAGAUUUAAAAGAGCCUGAUAGAAUAGUUGGAGAAUUGUUACAACCAGGAGGCUUUCGUGCUCUUAGAGAUCUGGGUCUUGGAGAUGCAGUGGAAGGCCUUGACGCUCACAUGAUCCAUGGCUAUGUGAUUCACAACCAAGGGUGCAGGGAAGAAGUUGAAGUUCCAUUCCCACACUCACCAGACAAAGAGGUGCAGAGUGGCCGAGCAUUUCAUCAUGGACGCUUCAUCACCAGUCUCCGGAAGGCAGCUAUGGCAGAACCCAAUACAAAGUACAUUGAAGGAGUUGUGAUGAAAAUGCUAGAGGAAGAUGAUGUUGUGGUGGGAGUUCAGUACAGAGAUAAAGAAACUGGAGAUUCAAAGGUGAGGUUUAUCAAAUACCUCUUCAUAAAAAAGAUGGUAAAUACUUACUUCAUUAUGAAAAUGCCAAGAGACUUAAGAGAUUAUAUGAUAGAGAAAAUUUAUCCACAAUUACCUGAGUAUAUAAAAGAACCUUUCCUUGAGGGAGUUCAGAAUGAACGUUUGAGGUCUAUGCCUGCAAGUUUCCUUCCUCCUUCACCACUAAACAGAAGAGGUGUUUUAAUUUUGGGAGAUGCCUAUAAUGUACGACAUCCUCUUACUGGUGGGGGAAUGAGUGUUGUUUUCAACGACAUAAAAAUAUGGAGGAGACUGCUAAAAAACAUUCCUGACCUUUAUGAUGAGAGAGCACUUCUCCAGGCCCAAAGUUUAUUCUAUCGGUCAAGAAGAAAGUCACAUUCAUUUGUUGUAAAUGUUCUUGCUCAGGCUCUUUAUGAAUUAUUUUCUGCCACAGAUGAAUCGCUACAUCAGUUAAGAAGAGCAUGUUUCUGUUACUUCAAGCUUGGUGGACAAUGUAUUACUGGUCCAGUUGGGUUACUCUCUGUAUUGUCGCCUGAUCCCCUGGUGCUAGUUGGACAUUUUUUUGCAGUUGCAUUGUAUGCUGUUUACUUUUGUUUUAAGUCAGAGCCCUGGAUUACAAAACCACGAGCCUUUUUCAGCAGUGCUGCUGUCUUUUACAAAGCUUGCUGUGUCCUGUUUCCUCUCAUUUAUUCAGAAAUUAAAUACUUACAUUAAACUUAAGGGAAGCCCAUUGGAGAAUGAAUACAUGGAAUUCACCAAGCCUUAAGAGACUUUUGGGAAGACUUGUACUGCUGAAUGCUAUAUCAUUACUAAAACACAGACACGUGGACAAGAUGGGGGUUAAUUUGUUUUUGGUCUUCCUUGUGUGUGUAAACAGUUGUAAAUAAAUGUUUUGCUUUGUGAUUAAAAUGAAGAUUAUUAGAUAUCUAAGAGAAAUGCUUGUUAAAUCACAAAUCAGUCUUAUGUCCUGAUAGUGAAAACAUGUUUUCUUUUGGGAUCCAUGAUGUUUAGUAUGUGAAAAUGUUGACUAUGCAAAUAAACUAAAUGAAGAUGGAAAUCUUA